GCCUCGCCGCGAGUCCAGCUGGGCAUGGUCGCCUUCCGUUUGCCUUCCUGUGCCCUGGCAUGUUCAACGCCCUCAGCGGCCUGGGAGGAGAAUACCGCGCUGUACAGCACCUUCGCCGUCGUCGGUUUCUUUGCCGGUACCAUCGUCAACCGUCUGGGGGUCCGGCUUGCGCUGUCCUUUGGUGGCAUUGGUUACUGCAUCUACGCCAUCAGUCUUCUCGUGUCCGUCCAUGCGAGCGUCGCCGGCUUCAACAUCUUCGCUGGCGCCCUGCUGGGUGUUUGCGCCGGUAUGCUGUGGACGGCGCAGGGGACCAUCAUGCUGUCCUACCCGACUGAGCAGCAGAAGGGUCGCUACUUUGCCUGGUUCUGGUCCAUCUUCAACAUUGGCGCUUGCAUUGGCAGUCUGAUUCCCCUCGGCGAGAACAUCCAUGUCACGAGCAACAAAACCGUCUCGGAUGGCACCUACAUUGCCUUCAUCGUGCUCAUGUUCGUCGGCGCCUGCCUGGCUCUCUUCCUGUGCGACGCGAACAAGAUUAUCCGGUCCGACGGCACCAAGGUCGUCCUGAUGAAGAACCCCAGCUGGAAGUCCGAGUUCAUCGGUCUCUACCAAACUGUAAAAGCCGAGCCCGGCGUCAUCCUGCUCUUCCCCAUGUUCUGGGCCUCCAACUGGUUCUACACCUACCAGCAGAAUGCCAUCAACGCCGCCCAUUUCGACACCCGCACCAAGGCGCUGAACGACUUCCUGUACUGGUUUGCCCAGAUUGUCGCCGCCUCGACCUAUGGACCCCUCCUUGACCUCAAGUACUUCCGCCGCACCGUCCGCGCCAAGGCAGCGCUGUUCGCUUUGUUCGCGCUCACCAUGAUCAUCUACGGUGGCGGCUAUGCCUGGCAGAAGGGCUACACGCGGGAGACGGUUAACGCCCCGGACUUUGUCCCCACUGACUGGACCACCCCCGGCUAUGUGGGCCCCAUGUUUUUGUACUUCUUCUAUGGUUUCUAUGAUGCGGUCUGGCAGGCCACGGUCUACUGGUUCAUGGGCGCUCUGAGCAACUCGGGUCGGAAAACGGCCAACUAUGUGGGAUUCUACAAGGGCAUCCAGUCGGCCGGUGCCGCGGUCAUGUGGAGCUUGGACAGCAACAAACUGUCCUACAUGGCCGAGUUCGCCAGUAACUGGGGUCUCCUCUGCGGUGCUCUCGUCGUCGCUUCCCCGGUGAUCUUCCUGCGCAUCAAGGAUCACGUCAGCGUGGAGGAAGACUUGAAGGACACCGACGAGACGCUGGAGGAUGUCCUGCCCGUCGACCACCCAGACAAGCGUGUUUCUAGCGGGGCGUAA